AUGUUUAAGUUGAAUAUUGAACCAAGAUUCACUUCCAAACUGUUUGCAGUGCGUCACCCCACCACCACCACCACCACCACCACCUUAAAAACUUUCCAUUUCCUGCAGAUAAAUGUGAAAACAGGCUUUCAGUGUCAGACUCAGCACACCUCUUGCAGCACCAACAGGACCAGAACUCCCCGCCUGGUAGCGACUGAAGUAAUUCUUUUAAAUAAGAAUUACAUUGAGAGGAAUAUACAGUACAUCCACGCGCUCUACCUGGGCGCCCAGAGCCGUUGGCAUGGCGACGGUCCUCGCCGCCACUUCCACUGGCGGCUGAUGUUCGAGAGCGCUGACAUCACCAUGCUCCGCCUGCUGGAGGCCUUCCUGAAGUCUGCGCCGCAGCUCGUCCUGCAGCUGAGCAUCAUGAUCCACGGGAACACCGUCCUGCCGCUGCAAGGUCUCUCAGCCUCGGCCUCUCUGGUCUCGCUGGCCUGGAUGAUCGCCUCCUACCAGAAGGUUCUGCGGGACUCUCGUGAUGACAAGCUGCCGAUGUCCUACAAGGCCGUGAUCGCUCAGAUGCUGUGGCACUUCUUCACCAUCGGGGCGAGGACCGUGGCCUUCGCCCUCUUCGCCUCCGUCUUCCAGCUCUACUUCGGCAUCUUCAUCGUCAGCCACUGGUGUAUCAUGACGUUCUGGAUCAUCCAAGGUGAGACAGACUUCUGCAUGUCCAAGUGGGAGGAGAUUAUCUACAACAUGGUGGUGGGCAUCAUCUACAUCUUCUGCUGGUUCAACGUGAAGGAGGGCCCCAGCCGCUUCCGCAUGACCGUCUACUACUCUGUGACGCUGGCUGAGAACGUGGCUCUGACGGCCGCCUGGUACACCUACCGCGGCCAGCUCACCUCCGACUCCUACGCCUUGGUGGUGGUCUGCCUGGUGGCCUGCAGCUUCGCCCUGGGAACCUUCUUCAUGUUGGUGUACUACUGCUGGCUGCACCCGGACGGGCCCGUUCUUGGCUCACAGUGGGGCGGAUGUGUGGACGAGGGUGUGGUGGGUUCAGGAGGCGUGGUGGGAGUGAUUGAUGCUUGUCUCACCCCAUCCCAAGGGUCCCAAACGGACAUGGUCAUUACCAGCCCUCCUAGGACUCUCCCCAGGACUAAAGACACAGGGGAGCCCAUUCCUGGGGAGCGGGACAGGGAGAGGGACAGGGACAGCUGCCUGCCUGUCUUCCAGGUACGCCCCUCCCCUUCCUCCUCUCCAGCCCUCCUUCACAGGACCUCCUCCUCCUCCCGUGCACAGGAGGGCCCCGUGAUCCGGAUCGACCUCCCCAGAAAGCGAUAUCCGGCCUGGGAUGCCCACUUUAUCGAUCGGCGUCUGCGCAAGACCAUCCUUCUUCUGGAGACCUCUUCAGCCAUCAGCCCCAGGAUACAGUACAGGAGUAGCAUGAUGGGCAGCAAAGAGGUAUUGGAAUAUGAAACAACUGUCUAA